UGGCGGUGGUGCUGGUGGUGUGGAGCUCAUGAACUGUUGGCGUCUCACUCUCGAUAAGCAGCUAACGGCUCAUCAACCAACCAUCGUUAAACUUCGCUUUGUUUGAAAGACACCCCGACACCCCAUUCCCUGUUCUGCUCGAUGUCUCAGCUGUAGUCAGGCAGUUCAGUUCUGCCUCAACCCCCCGCCACAUCUCUCUCUUUCUCUCUCUCCCUCCUUCACCGUCAAGCUGGUGUAAGCCUGUGAGUUCCGAGUCCCUUGCCACGUGAGCGCGUGCUUUGCGCGUCCGUGUGGAGCGCUCGCCUUGUAUAUACGUACUCGCGUGAGCUCACGUCCACUUAGUGUAUCCUCCUGCUGCUGCCACGGCCCGCCUGCAAGUCUGUGGCUGCCUCACUGCCGAGUGAGAGAUGAGCGGACUUGUGGAGUGACUGCCAUCAGCUGUUGGUCGUCCGUUAACCCCUCGCCUCGCGGCCCGUCCACAUUCUUGGCCAGAAGCCUUCCAGUGACCAAGGAGUGGCUCGUGCUCGCGUUCUCUCGGCUUGUUGUGUGCGUGCAGCAGCAGGUCUGUGUGUCUGUGUGCAUCUUGUUUACCCGGGGAGGGAGACAGAAUGCUGGGCUGAAGCCGAUGUUGUGGUCGUCGUGCUGGAAGGUGGAGACCUGGAGUGGCAAUGGUUGUGGCUUGAAGCAGACAGGACCGUUGGACGAGGCUGUGUCGGGACUCUGGGACCCUCGACGGUUUCAGGAGGACGAGCAAGAACUGAUGUAAGUGUUGUGAGCAGCAGACGAUUCGCCUGACCUGGACCGUGUCACGUGACCAUGGUACCAGAGACGCAGGGUGCACUGGGCAGUGACGGUUCUCAUGCUACCACCGACACCGACAGCAACCACAGUUCAGACCACAGCGAGUCGUUUAACUUCAGCCACCACCCCCACCAUCUCCAUCACCACCACCAUCACACAAUUCAACACAGCCAGCGCUACAACCACCACCACCACCACCACCAUCACCACCAUCAUCAAAACAGCGGUGGUAACAACAACAACAGCAACAACAACGCAGACGCCUCCCGCCUGGAGAUUGAUGUGAAAGUCGAGGAAUCUGACAGCGAAGACGACACCCAACUGGCCGGGGCGCCAAUGACAGGACAGCAGCACUCUCACCUCCACCACCACCAGCAGCACCAACACCAAGCCACGCCGCCAAGCAGCAGGAAGCGACCUCUGGCCGUCAUCGGCUCCGACGACGACGACGACGAGUGCCAGGACUCCAGCAGCCAGGGCAGCUCCUGCGGCGAGGGCAGCAGCAGCGCCAACAACGGAUCGUGCAGCGCGGACGGCUCCACCAACGGCAGCGGGGGGAUCAAAGAAGGAGGGGCGGCGACGACAGGCAAGAAGAAGACGAAAAAGUUGCAGAGCUUCCAGGACCUGCAGAACCAGCGGGUCAUGGCCAACGUCCGCGAGCGCCAGCGCACGCAGUCCCUGAACGAGGCUUUCGCGCAGCUGCGGCAGAUCAUCCCGACCCUGCCCUCGGACAAGCUCAGCAAGAUCCAGACCCUGAAGCUGGCCACGCGCUACAUCGACUUCCUGUACCAGGUGCUGCGCUCCGACCAGCCGGACGGCAAGCUGGGCAGCUCGUGCAGCUACGUGGCCAGCGAACGUCUGUCCUACGCCUUCUCCGUGUGGCGCAUGGAGGGCGCCUGGACCUCCAUGGCUGGACACUGACCAUUCGCCCCACUCCCCCCCGUGCCAUGACCUGGUGCCUCUAGCGGACUGAGGAGGACCUCUGACCCUAAGAUGUUACCUGCCUGCUGCUGAAACGAUUCCCUACACAUCAUCUGGCAUCUACUACACAUAGUGAAUAAAUGUGACUUUUUGUGACUUUGACUAAGUGAUCAGCUCCAUCAUUUAAAAUAAUAUUAACUGAGCGAGGACACAACAUUGUGGAUGAUGGACAAAGACUGUAGCAACACAACCGUCAACACAGAUGUCAACAGUCGUGUAGGUAUACCAGGUGCCUUGGUGCCAACAGACCUUCUUGGAUGUUAUACACCAGAGAAAAGAUGUUUUUGUUCUUCAAUGUUUCUCAAACUUGUUGAAAGUGAUUCUUGAAGAUCGACUCUGCGAGACUUGUGGUGAUGUGUCUACGACAGCCACAACAGCUGUACAUCUGGACUGACAGACGCCAGAUGUACAGUCUCAAACAAAAAUUUAAUUAUAUUUUUUUUUAUUUUGGCGAUAUUCGAAGAAACAAGCUUUUAACUGUGUCUCCAAGAUCAGGAGGGGCACGAAACAUUUCAUCAUCCGAGUUGUGUUUGUUGUUCCCUCGUCUCCCCACGUGACCUUUGCCCCGAUGUGUACCCGUGUCCGAGCCAAACACUGAGUGAGACUAGUGUUCACUCCAUCGUUCAUUUUGUGCAGUGAUCUUCUAACGACCAGUGUGUGUGUUUUUAGUGUGGAUUUUGUGUGUGCCUUGUGAGUGGAGUUGCAAACAUCUACCUUCUGUUGUUUGGAGUGAAACACGGCAACAAAAGUUUCGUUUGUCUUGAUUUGCGGUUCUUUAGUCAACAUUUACUUUCUGUGCCUUUAUUUUGUAAACAUAGUUUGAAUCUGUUAUACAGUUUACAGGAGAGAUGCUUCAAUCCGUCCAUACUAUUUUAUGUUCAUCACUCAAUCACAUGAUCCGUUCCCUCUCUCUCUCUUUCUUUCUGUGUGAAGAUUGAAGUUCUCGGUAUUUCUGUUAUCCGGAUGUUUGUAUAGAAUGUUCUGCAUUUUUUUAAACUGGUUAUGAGUGAGCAAUCUGUUCUCAAGAUUUUUUAAAAACCCUGAAAGGGAAAAAAGAACAUAUAAUAUUAUGCUGUGUAAAAUAGUCCCGAUGUCAGAAAACAAGAUGACAGGUGGGUGUGUGUGGUUUUAUGUUUGUUAGUUUGUGUGUAUGUAUGCUUGGGUUUGUUUUUUUUUUUGUUUGUUUGUAUUUUCUUCUCACUGUUUACAGUGACCGCUGUUUCUAGAAAAUCGAAAAUUUAGGGUUAAAGAAAGGAUGGGCAGAAGCCGAGAAUCAGAUGAAAGACGAAGCUGGGGUUGAGGAUGGGUUUGUUUUUGUUUUUGGUUGUUGGUUUGUUGUUUUUUUUUGUUGUUAUUUUGUUUUGUUUUUUUGUUUUUUUUGUUUUUGUUUUAUUUUUUUUGGAGAAUGAAUUUGAAAGUGAAAUGCCAAACAGAGAAACUGCAAUGAGGACAUAUCAGAAUAAUUUGUAAUGAAUGUGUGUCGUGCUUUUAUCACCUUUGAUUUAACCUUUGAUUACAUGCGAUCUGAGAAAUACUUUUCCGCCUGUUUCAAGAAGCUUCAGAAGUGGACAUUGCAAUAAUUGUUGGAAUUCACGCUGACAAUGUUUAGCACCAAGAAAACUAUAUAUCCUAGUAAAUAUUAUGGUUAUGUAAGGUGUCGAUCUUAGAAAUCGCUGGAAAAAAUCAUCAUGCAGCGGAAACGCAAAUUUUCUUUGACAUGGAAAAUACUGGAAAAUGAACAUGGAAUUAUUUCAAGCCCUUUUGUGUGCAGACACGUUUAGAAGUCCUGAUAGUUUUCACCAGGAAUGUGUAUACUAGUAAUAAUAAUAAGCCAGUCAAAAGGCUCUAAAUACUCGUAACAAACCCAAGUAAAAGUGACGCUGAAAAAAAGAUUUAUUAUUUCAUAUUAUUAUUUCAGUGCAUUACAGGCAUGUCAAUCAAUCAGGAAACCCUGAAUAUUUUUCAGCUAGAUUAUGUACCAGCAAAGCUGUAUGCAGAUGAAUGUUCAAACCUACGACUAGGUCCCAAUACUAUCUUGAUAUGAUGUCAGGUCCUUAAGGGUAGGUUUCUAUUUUGAGGUAGAACCUGGUAAACUAGUCCCUCCUCUUAGUGACCAGUGGUCACUGACAUACCUGUUUGGAAGUAUUCUCUACAGGUGAACCAAGUGAGUUGUUAAAUAUUAUAUACAUUGUAUACAGGGAAGCUAUUCUAUAACUUAAGAGAAGAAAGGGUUCUAUAAAAAAUAAAAUAGACAAGUCCUUGUUUUUUUCUGGAACUGUUGACGGACAAACUAACGGUUAUAAUGACCCCAAAAAUACAACUCAUAUUCAAAAUAUUUUUCAAAAAGUUUUCAAGUUUUAAAAAAUCAUUACUGACAAUGAAAUGAAUAUAUUAAACUCCCUUAUAUUCUAAUUUUUUCUGUACAGGUAUGAGAUCCUGUAAGACAUCGAUUUGAAGUCAAAUAAUUUUCGCUUCAGAUUUUUUACCGCUCUUGAAUAUUUAUUUGUAAUCAUGAGUUUAUUCAUGGAAAAAUGCAAAUAAGAAAGAUUUAAACUGGUAAGGGUGUACUUUGUAGGAAUGUUAACUUGGAUAUAAGUUUUUACUCGGCAUCGUCUGGGUGGAAACAUUCUCGCGGUCAGUGUUGUCACAGGCAAGACUUCACACAAAAGACAUUUUCGCACAAGGAAGGUUUACAACCGCGAGGGUUGAAUAAUUAAAUGCCAGACAGACACUUCCCGUCUCCAAGGCAAACGAGUUCGAGGGAGAAAAGGGACAUAAACAAAAUGCAUAUCGGGACCACCAGAAGACAUGUAUAGUAAAAGCCUAGUAGGGGCUUCAAGGGCCGUAAUUAACGGCGACAGUUACUUCCUCUUGGGAAGCUGCAGGAUGAGGGAAGAGGGGGAUGAGGGCGAAAGGGCUGCAGGAAAGUUGGGAACUGCUCGCUAGAAAAAAAAAGGAUGUUAAAUGAAGACAGUACAAAGGAAGAUGUAAACCUUGUACAACGAAGGUCUGGAACCGUGUGCAACGGAUUUCAUUCACAGAAGGAAGAAAGAGUUUGAUGCCACACAUGAUCCUUGUCUCAUAUUACAAUCAAGCUGUGUACGGACUAACAAACUAUUCAAUAUAUAAUAAUAUUAUUAUCUAAGACAUUUUCAACCCUUUAGUGGCUUAUUAAAAAUAAAUUAAGUCGUGUUUACAUUUCAUCAACUUAUUAAAAGCAUAAUCAAGUAUUUUUUUAACAUGAGCGGCUUUUUAAAUACUCACAUCAAAUGGUUUUCUUUUCACCGACAGAAAGUAGAGUUUGUUAUACAGGACAUUAAAGAUGGUUUUGGGGGAAAAUCGGUUUGUAGGUUCAAAAAAGUGAAUUACCGACAGAAAUGUUCAGAUAAUGACUAGGUUCAUUCGUGCUUGAGAUUACAAGCAUGCGCAUGAUUCUGUGUCUGUGUGUGUGUGAGCCUGUGUGUGUGUGAGAGAGCCUGUGGGUGUGUGUGUGUGAGACUGGGUGUGACUGUGAGCCUGGGUGUGUGUGUGACUGUGCAAGCACACACCAAGGGGGGUGUGGGUGGAGAGGGUUAGACAGAAAUCCCUGUCCGGAAGUGUGUCUGCAUGUCAAGCCUCUUGGUGAAAGCAUAAUAAACAUCAUGUUUACUCCUGACAAACCGACGCUUCCUUGUGACAAACGUGUGUUUACGCACGACAAAAGUGUGUUUUCUUUAUGACAAAAGUAUGUUUACGCAUGACAAUCCCGUGUUUCCUCUGUAAAUAAACACUCGUGUUUGGUGCAGUGAAGAGGGGAGAGUGCCUUCGUGCUGCCACAUCAACAGGAGAGAGUAUUUCACGGAGCAUCCCUCCGCCAGUCUCCACAAACCGUUGCUGCUCGCCGUGGUGUGUGUGUGUCUGUCCUCUCACCUACUCUCUUCUGACAAUCCUGUUCGCCUUACUGUUCAUGCACACUGUCUGCCUUCUGUCUUGUUGUAAAUAUGGAAACUUGCCUUGGAGACAAGCACGGCAUGCCCACACCUAACAACAUGUCGCGUUUAUUUUUGUAUUCCAUUUCUUGUACCUGGAUUUCGAGAUCUGAACUUGAAUAAAGAUUUAUUUUGAAAGUAA